AUGCCGGCUAACCGAGUGGAGCGCAAAAAGAAGACCAAGACGCCAGAAGACGUCCCGGAUGUCGGCGAUCCGGACCGGAAAAGAGUACUCAAUGUCCUCGCACAGAGGAGAUAUCGUGAGCGAAGAAAGGCCAAAAUCGCAGCAUUAGAAGCACAGGCGAAAGGUACUGUAUCAGUGCCAAAUGCAUCUGAAACUACGCCAGAUUCGGUCAAUGGAAUACAGAAUACUAGUGUGCACCAUUCGGUGGCGCAAUCGAGCAUGACCCAGGCGAUACCCACAGGCUCGGGCCUUUCAAUGGAUGAGACUGAGGGGAUAGAGGAGAUCAUUAGAGACGCUAUGCCGCAAGAGGAAAGCGCCUUCGACCUUGCGGGCGGCUUUACCCAAGAAGUCUUCGAUUUUGAUGCUCAACUGCUUGAGGACAUCUCUUUUGGUCUUCCGACCUCAUCUCAUGCGUCAAGAAGUAGAGGAACCACACCAGCGCUAACCUCAUCGUCUUCGCCAUCAUCGUCGUCAAGUAUCGGUCCACUGAGCUCAGAUGCAAGUUUCUUGGAAGUACCCGUUUUGGCGACCAUCCGUGCCUUCACUACCAUAGCCAACAUGCUGGACAUCAUGAACAAGGUUUGGGACCCCGGGUUCACACACACUCUACCGCCCAUCGCACCGCCUGGUCUCCCUCCCAAUUUACAUCCUACAACCGCCCAGAUGACAAUCCCACACCAUCCCUUCCUCGACGCGCUGCCCUGGCCUUCAGUCCGCGAGAAGCUGAUUUGCAUGUUCUCCCUUCCGUCCAUGUUUCGGCCACCUAUCGCACAGGACGACGUCGAGGAGGGAGUAAGCAAGCCAAUCAUGCGACUAAUAACCGAUCUGGAUGAUCAUCAAGACGGUGUGAGGAUACACGGAAAUUUGGUUGGGUGGGAAGCCAGCAGCGAGCUAGCAGAAGAGGCGUGGGAGAUUGGGGAGGUGUUUUAUAAGAACUGGUGGUGGUGUCUCGAUGGUAGGAUUAUUGCGAUCACCAACAAGAGGAGGAGAGAGAGGGGUAUGGGGCCGUUGAUAAAGAUUCCCAAGAAGAAUCGAGCACCUUUUCGUCCCGUCGACACUCUGUUGUCGCCACAGAAGCCGAGCUUCAAAGCCGGAAGGAGCAAGCCUGCCCAAGAAGCUUCGCUCAGCGACGAGGAAAAUUCAUACCUACCUCAACGCGACGAAGACGCCACCGAAUCCUCUAUCGAACCAUCCGAGCUAUCGCACCUGGGCAAUUCCAGCUCGCUCUUCGACGAACAGCGCACCCCGCCUGCGUCGAGCCCUGUCUACCGUCCGACACGUACAACACAUAUAUCGAAGACACCGCGCAGCAUGGCUCGAGACCGCGAGCCACCAGGUGGCCAGCCUCGUGCACCUGCGCCUCCGUCUGCCCAUGCCCCAGUUGCGAAGCCGUUGCAUGAGCGCCUGAGCGCGAAUGGACCCAUCGACCUGAGCACGCCCCCAAAAGCAGCGCCCGAGUUUGGGAAGGCCAGUACAAUGCAAAGCCCGCUCAAGAACUUCGCACAGAGGACACAGAGCUCGCACGUGUUCAAUCAGCCCGUGCCAGGCCACUCGAGGUCAGAACACCACCGAGACCACAAGCCGAUAGCCAUCCACCGGCCCAACGUCCCUUCGCAACCCACAAAGCGCGCUCCUCCCAAAGUGAGUUCACGGUAUAGUGGUGCUUCGACGGACGAUUCGGACAUCUUUGAGAUUCAGCCGUCCCAGUUUCAACCCCGGCCGUCUUACUCGGCUGCCCCCGUGCCACAACCUAUGAACACGCAACACAGGACUAUACAUGCGCCCCCGCGCCCUGUAUAUUCUUCUGUCGGACAUGCUAAUGGUUUCCAGCCUGUGAACAGGAACCAGGGCAUGUUCUCGCUCGAAUCCAGGAAGACGGUCAUAUUGGACGACCUAGCACCAAAGCGAACUGGAAGCGACGACGAGGACGACUUUGAUCCGGAUACUGCAAUUCGUGCGGAACGUGGGGAGUUUGGCGCGCCGGAUCUUCACGCGUACGUGGACUCCAACCAGGCGAAUGAGAAUAUCAAAGCGCUACUUGAGGGCGCCCUAGACGAAGAAAACAUCCCCCGGACUCGAGGACGUAAGAAGAAGAAGCAGGCAGAAGGCGAUGCUGCAAUGUCCCUUGCAGACCGUCUUGCAGCCCUUGACGUGAAGGAGUCAGAGGCAGAUAAGGCUGCAGAGGACGAGGAAGAAGAUGAGGACGACGGCACCGUCGACGGCAUGAAGGUGAAGCUACUGCCCCAUCAAGUCGAAGGUGUUGCGUGGAUGAUCGAGAAGGAGACGGGUGCGCACAACAAACGAGCGAAACUACCCAAAGGUGGCAUACUUGCAGAUGACAUGGGUCUCGGCAAGACGGUGCAGUCUAUUGCCGUAAUCCUGUCCAAUCCCCGCCCAGAGAAGGGCGUCGAGCCAGAGAACAAGAAGAACAGGAUACUCCCGGCUGUCGGGAAGGGCACGCUCAUUGUCGCGCCUCUUGCCCUUAUCAAGCAGUGGGAGGCCGAAAUCAACGACAAGGUCUCCAAGUCGCCCGGCCUGAAAGUUCUUGUACACCAUGGUCCCAACCGCACCAAGUCUUUGGAGAAGCUCAAGACCUACGAUGUCGUCAUCACAACAUACCAGGUCCUUGCAUCAGAGCAUGCAAGCUGUGGCGAAGGGCCAAAUGGUCUCAAGAAGGGCUGCUUCGGUGUUCAUUGGUACCGUGUUAUGCUGGACGAGGCGCACACGAUCAAGAAUCGCAACGCCAAGAUGACAAAGGCCUGCUACGAAGUUCAAUCGCACUACCGAUGGUGUCUGACUGGAACACCCAUGCAGAACAACCUCGACGAGCUCCAGAGUCUGAUCCGAUUCCUGCGCAUUCAGCCAUACUGCGAUAUGCCCAACUGGAAAGACGCUAUUACCGGUCCCAUGAAGAGCGGCCGAGGUAACCUUGCCAUGAGGCGACUACAGAUCUUCCUCAAGGCCUUCAUGAAGCGCCGUACUAAGGAUGUUUUGAAGAAAGAAGGGGCUCUCAACUUUGGAGGCAAGCAGAAAGAAGGGGAAGAGAAGAAGGGUGGCUUCCAAAUCGUUGGACGUAAUAUCGAAACAGUUAUCGGGGAGUUCACAGCCAAAGAGCGCUCUUUUUACGAUCGUCUUAACGACCGUGCUGAGUCUCGCCUGAAAGAGAUGAUGGGUGGCGAGAAGCGUGACUACAUUGGGGCUUUGGUGUUGCUCCUACGACUUCGGCAGGCUUGCAAUCACCCGAGCUUAACCAAAAGCAACAUGAAGGAAGACAAAGAUGCCUUGACAACAGGACAGAAGUCAAGUCCUCAGACGGGCCUACAGACGCCCCGAAAAGCAUCCAACGAUGACGAUGCCGACGAUCUUGCUGACCUCCUUGGUGGUCUCACGGUCGAGACGAAGCGUUGUGAUGUGUGCCAAAGCAGGCUCCACAGUGGCAACACUGCUCCUGGUGCAAUUCGAUGCAACGAAUGCGAGACUGAUUUGAAUGCGUCGGUGAAGAAGUCGAAGAAGCACAAGAAGAGCCGUAAGCACAAGCACAAGGACCAAAAGAAGGAAAAGCACCGACAACUAGAUUCCGAAGAUGAGGAUGCACCAAAGCUUCCCAACGCUUCUCGCCAGCGUCGCGUCGUAGUUGACAGUGACGAUGAAGAGGAGGCUGGCGAAUGGUUGGUGGGCGAAGAUGAGCAAGGUCCUACGAAUCUGGGGAAGGCCGGUGGAACCGAUGAUGAGGAUGCCGAAGGCGGCGGUGACACUCUCGCUUCUGUCGAUUCACAUGCGUCAGGUUCUGGUGAUGAAGACCAUGAUACGGUGGGAUCCUUCAUCGUCCAUGACACGGACAGCGAGGAAGAGGGUCCUGUCGCUCGCAAAGGGAAACUGUCCAAGCCUGCGAAACUUGUCAGCAUAGACUCCGAUAAUGAGCUUCCAUCCGAGACAGACUCAGACUCUAGCAGUGAGGCUGAUUCGGAAGAGGACUCAGACACAGAGGAGUCUGACAUCGAAUACAACGCCUCCGACCUGACGCCAUCGACCAAGAUCCGCCAGCUUCUUACCAUCUUAGAGAAAGAGACGCCUGAUCACAAGGUCAUCGUCUUUUCGCAAUUCACAUCUAUGCUGGACCUCAUACAGCCGUUCCUCCGCCGCGGAGGCUACAACUUUACGCGCUAUGAUGGCAAGAUGCGCAAUGACCUCCGCGAGGCCAGUCUAGCUAAGCUGCGCAACGACAAGCGUUGUCGCGUUCUUAUUUGUAGUUUGAAGUGCGGUAGCUUAGGCCUGAACCUUACAGCUGCCAGCCGGGUCGUUAUUAUGGAACCCUUCUGGAAUCCGUUCGUCGAAGAACAAGCAAUCGACCGUGUCCAUCGUCUCAACCAAACUGUCGAUGUCACCGUCUACCGCCUUUCCAUCCACAACUCCGUCGAAGAGCGCAUCCUCGCGCUUCAAGAAGCAAAACGCAAGCUCGCGCAGGCCGCCAUAGAAGGUGGCAAGGCCGUUGGAAAGCUUAGUAUGCAAGAUAUCUUGGCCCUGUUUAAGCGUGACGCAGAGUACGAUCAUCGCAAUGUUGAUGAUGGUAACGACGAUAUAUUUGCCCGGACACGCGUCCUGGAUGAGAGGGGCGAUAGCCAAGAUGUAGGCGAGAGUACGGCGGCGAGGAGGAAGAAGGGAAGUCUCGGGUUUAAGAAGCCUGAGCACAGCGUCUAUGGCAGGCGAUAG